AUGUCCCUUCCAGCUUGCCAUAGUUCUUUUGAAGCACCCGGAAGCAACGCGUGUGGAAAUUGCAAAUGGCUGCGUCUUGAGUGGUGUGAGCACAUAGAGUAUAAUGUGUAUGAGCCACUGAUGCAGUUCAGCGGCGUGAGCUACACGGGGAGUCCCCUUUCUAUGAAAACUUGCCAGUAGUGAGUGCCCGAGGGGUAAAGUAAAUAGGAAUUGUGUACAUCUCACUGUCUAUAAAUAUUAAGGGGAUAUGGACGACCAGGCUGCCCAGGAAGCUGCACGCCAGGCUGUGCUGGUGAAGAGCUGCACCCUGCCCGAUGACAUGCCCACGGUCCGGGGUUAUGACUUCGACCGGGGGGUGGACCUGAAAGCGCUGCUGCAGUCCUACACCACCACCGGCUUCCAGGCCAGCAGCUACGGCCAGGCUGUCCAGGAGGUCAAUAAAAUGAUCGAGAAGCGACUGGAACCGGUGGAGGAAGAGGAGGGCAGCAGCCCGGGAUCAUGCUUGGGCUGCACCAUCUUCCUGGGGUACACCUCCAACCUCAUCAGCUCUGGAGUGAGGGAGACCAUCCGCUACCUCGUCCAGCACAAAAUGGUGGAUGUGGUUGUGACUACAGCUGGGGGAGUCGAAGAGGACUUCAUCAAGUGCCUUGCUCCCACUUUCUUGGGAGAAUUCAGUCUUCGAGGAAAGGAGCUGAGAAAGAGGGGCAUCAACAGGAUAGGGAACCUCUUGGUGCCCAAUGACAACUACUGCAAGUUUGAGGACUGGCUAAUGCCCAUCCUGGAUCAGAUGGUGCUGGAGCAGAAGACUGAGGGCACGCUCUGGACCCCCUCAAAGAUGAUCCAUCGACUCGGAAAAGAGAUCAACAACCCGGAAUCUGUGUACUAUUGGGCUUACAAGAAUGACAUCCCCGUCUUCAGCCCCGCCCUGACGGACGGUUCCCUUGGCGACAUGAUUUACUUCCACUCUUACAAGAACCCGGGACUGGUGCUGGACAUCGUGGAGGAUAUCCGGAGGAUAAACUCUAAGGCCGUUCACGCCAAACAAACCGGUAUGAUUAUCCUCGGAGGGGGGCUGGUCAAGCACCACAUCUGCAACGCCAAUCUCAUGCGGAACGGAGCGGACUACGCGGUGUUCGUGAACACGGGGCAGGAGUUUGACGGCUCUGACUCAGGUGCCAGGCCCGAUGAGGCUGUAUCCUGGGGGAAGAUCCGUUUGGAUGCCACACCUGUAAAGGUCUAUGCGGACGCGUCUCUGGUCUUCCCUCUGCUGGUUGCUGAGACGUUUGCGCACAACGCUGCCAGACUGGCCGCGCAAAAGAAGGACUGAGGCCUUUCCUCUCCUCCUCCUCCUCCUUUUUAUUUCCCUCCUUUUAUCAGGUUUUGUCUUUGCAUGUGCUCCUUGGGGAAAAAGAGCCUCUGUUUCCGGUCUCCGGUCUAUUUUUGUGUUCUUUUACAAAUGUGUGUCAUGAGGUGGGGGUGUGGUGCAGUGAAUUGCUGCUUGAAUGCGCAACCAGAGUGCUGGACAGUACCAAAGAUGACGGAUGAUGCAUUCUGUGAGUUAAAAUGUUAAAUUCUAUACUAGAAUAAAAAAGGCAAUUUUAAUGAACAAGUCUUCGAGAGUUGCUUUCCCACCUUAAUUUCACAUUAAAAGUCUAGCUUACUUGACUUUUGCUUGUACACAUUGGCCAUAAGAAUUGCCUUGUGCUUGUGGGUGGUGUGGUAAAUCGCAUAUCCACUAGGGGGCUCUGUUGUUAAACCCAGCUCUUGUGCUGCCUUUGUUUAGAGUGCGAUUGACAGUCAAAGUGGGAAAUUGUACACCUAGUUUUACAUAUUACCCAGAAUUCCAGGGUAAACAUUGCUGAUUUUUCUUAAAAAUCAGGAAUUUCCAAUAAAUAUACCACUAUCAGCGGAUUUCAUCUUGUUUGUUGUUGGCUAGCGACUUAUAUGCGUUUAGUAGGCUGCAACACCAUCUUUUUCUCAUAACCUUUGGUCACUUGUCCAUUGUAGAGUGACAUCACAUUCCAGAGGCCUCCUGUAGAAGAGGCUGGAUGUGCACUGGUGCAGUCACACCUGGGCGCUCUCAGUCCCAGACAGGGCAGACUGCUGUUGAAAACUUCUCCCUUUCUCCUUCUGCAGUCUAUUCCUGAGCUGACCUUUUGAGUUGCAUUUCUCUGACCGGAUUAGUAAAAAGUCUUGACCAGUAAUAGAUUUAAGAGAUCAAUUCUUUGUGAUGCCCCGUGAAUAAGCUGCUCUUUACGAUAGUGUUGUGGGUCGCCGUGCCCAGUCUGGCCCUUACAAGGCGAGUCUGGCCACAGUAAAGCUCCUCUGUGUUAUUUAUAGCGCUAUCGCUGCGGUUGCGCUGGCAUUUCCAUCCGUCUGCUGAUUCACAGAUGGGGCGUGCUGGACGCUGUCGAUCCCGGGGGGGAUGUGAUGCUAAUCGCACACACACGGUCAGGUGAUCACUGCUUAUUAUAGCAGACUGGAGCUGUGACUCGCUUACAUGCCCGCCCCUCGCUUAACAUCUUACUCCCCUAUUGGUGCCACCCCUUCCACUGGCUACUGGCUCACCUCCUUGUAGGAAGUCCCACCCUUUGGCUGCAGUUACCUCCCCCUGUGUGAUGCAUGCUGCCCCCUGCUGCAGAGAACGCGGUCAUGGUGUCCCAGCUCGGCUGCCCCAGAGCGGUCAUGUUGUCCCAGAGUGGUCAUGGUGUCCCAGAGUGGUCAUGGUGUCCCAGAGCGGUCAUGGUGUCCCAGAGCGGUCAUGGUGUCUCAGAGCGGUCAUGGUGUCUCAGAGUGGUCAUGGUGUCUCAGAGCGGUCAUGGUGUCUCAGAGUGGUCAUGGUGUCCCAGAGCGGUCAUGGUGUCCCAGAGCGGUCAUGGUGUCCCAGAGUGGUCAUGGUGUCCCAGCUCGGCUGCCCCAGAGCGGUCAUGGUGUCUCAGAGCGGUCAUGGUGUCUCAGAGCGGUCAUGGUGUCCCAGAGCGGUCAUGGUGUCUCAGAGUGGUCAUGGUGUCUCAGAGUGGUCAUGGUGUCCCAGAGCGGUCAUGGUGUCCCAGAGCGGUCAUGGUGUCUCAGAGUGGUCAUGGUGUCUCAGAGUGGUCAUGGUGUCCCAGAGCGGUCAUGGUGUCCCAGAGCGGUCAUGGUGUCCCAGAGCGGUCAUGGUGUCUCAGAGCGGUCAUGGUGUCUCAGAGUGGUCAUGGUGUCCCAGAGCGGUCAUGGUGUCUCAGAGCGGUCAUGGUGUCUCAGAGCGGUCAUGGUGUCCCAGAGCGGUCAUGGUGUCCCAGAGCGGUCAUGGUGUCCCAGAGUGGCUGGUCUAGGAGCAUGAGCUCUGAGUAACCUUUCUCUGAAUGACCUGUGACCUCACAGACCUCUCCCUUGUUUUGAAGAGCGGUGUGAGAAACCAAACGUGUCCUGGUUAAAGAGAAUAAGGAAAAUCGUGAUUUUUCCGGUUCAAAUCCUGACCUGGUCCAGCAUUUAACCCAUGAUGCUUUAGGAAAUGUCCAGCUGUCUAAACUGACCAUGUUAUUAAAUGAUAAGGUGUGUAAAUGGAUGUAUAUAUACUGUAUCUGGACAUAUGUUAGGCUAAGGCUACAUUUUAAUCGGAGGCUGGGGCACAGGAAAAGAAAAGCAUGCUUUGUGAGUUUAGCACCCAUUGGUGCACAGGAUGUAACCGCGAUACGUUCCCUGAGACUGUGAAUUUGUCAUGAAAUGUGUGCGUUUGAACAUUGCUCAAAUGGUGUAUACAGGUUACUGUGCUUCAGUUUUCACGGAGUAGAACCGGGCUGAACAGGCUAAGGAAGAAGUCAAGAGCCUUAAAUUCUUGCCUGAAUGCUGUGGGUUCAAAUCCCAAACCGGUUGCUGCUCCUGAACCCUUCCACAAGGCCUCCAACCCAACGAAUGUACAUCGCUUAAAAUAUAUGACUUCUCCUCAGCUAUCCCUAAUAUAUGAAAAUGGUCAAUCAUGUGUGAUAAUGGAUUGCAUAAUACUAUUAAGUUGUGUGUCAACUGUAUUUUUGAUGUUGUAUGCAUGUCAUUAAAUUACAGAAUUUAAA